UAUAUUUAUAAAUAAGGGCAAUAUAGACAGGAAGUAACAAUGAAGUCUUAUGCACCAACAGCAUCGUCCUCGUGGAGGAGCCUCACACUUUUAGCGAUCACCGUCGCUCUUCUACCCACCUUACACCACUCGCUCUUCGUGCAAGCCGCGGCUGCAGGUGGUAGCAUGUUGGGCGACGUUAAUAUUUCAGCAAUACUAGAUUCAUUUUCAGUUAGUUAUGAUAAAAGAGUAAGGCCGAAUUAUGGAGGUCCGCCUGUCGAGGUCGGUGUCACCAUGUACGUCUUGAGUAUCAGCUCGCUAUCAGAAGUCAAAAUGGAUUUCACGUUGGAUUUCUACUUCCGGCAAUUUUGGACUGACCCACGGCUAGCAUUUAAAAAGCGACCUGGAGUUGAAACGCUGAGCGUCGGUUCGGAAUUUAUUAAAAAUAUCUGGGUACCAGAUACAUUUUUUGUCAACGAAAAACAGUCGUACUUUCACAUUGCCACCACCAGCAACGAGUUCAUUCGUAUACAUCAUUCUGGCAGUAUUACUCGGAGUAUACGAUUAACAAUCACGGCUUCGUGUCCAAUGAAUCUACAAUACUUCCCGAUGGAUCGACAACUUUGUCACAUCGAAAUUGAAAGCUUCGGAUAUACGAUGCGGGAUAUCCGGUACAAAUGGAACGAGGGCCCAAACAGUGUCGGUGUCAGCAGUGAGGUUUCUCUCCCCCAGUUCAAGGUCCUCGGACAUCGGCAACGCGCAAUGGAAAUCAGCCUCACUACCGGAAAUUAUUCUCGGCUAGCAUGUGAGAUCCAGUUCGUGCGAUCGAUGGGCUACUACCUGAUCCAGAUCUACAUACCCUCGGGAUUAAUCGUGAUAAUCUCAUGGGUGAGCUUUUGGCUAAACCGAAACGCAACCCCCGCUCGGGUCGCCCUCGGAGUAACCACUGUGCUCACCAUGACAACCCUCAUGUCCUCGACUAACGCGGCCCUCCCCAAAAUCUCCUACGUCAAGUCCAUCGAUGUCUACCUGGGAACUUGUUUCGUCAUGGUCUUCGCCUCACUCCUCGAGUACGCCACGGUCGGUUACAUGGCUAAGAGGAUCCAGAUGCGCAAGAAUAGGUUCCAAAAAAUAGCUGAGAGUAUGAAAGCUGCGAGGGAAAAUCCAGGACCACCAGGUGUACCUGGUGAUCAUGGUGAUCAUGCGCCUAAACAAACUGAGGUGCGGUUCAAGGUGCACGACCCAAAGGCACACAGUAAAGGCGGCACACUUGAGAACACUAUCAAUGGCCGGGCCGAUGAAGAAGCACCACCAGCACCCCAGCAUCUGAUUCAUCCGACCAAAGACAUCAGCAAGCUCUACGGUACGCCAUGUAUCACACCUUCGGAUAUCGACAAAUAUUCACGAAUUGUAUUUCCCGUGUGUUUUGUCUGCUUCAAUCUAAUGUACUGGAUUAUUUAUCUGCACAUAAGUGACGUUGUUGCGGACGAUCUGGUACUACUGGAGGAAGCUAAAUAAACAAAACGCUCAUCUAAAUCAAAUAAAUCUCUUCGUCAAGAUUACCGAGCUAAUAAAUCGCCAUCACGGGAUUUAAAUGUUCAACAAAUAAAAUAAAUAAUUUUUAAAUAAAAUUAUUGUACUAAAACCGUGCUGUGACUAAUUACGACUUUCAGGCACUGUGCGACACUCAC